AUGAAACAUAAACUUGGAUGGAUAUUUGGAUUAUUCUUUCUAUUUGUAUACAUUCCAAAUUUUAUUUAUACUUUUGAUUGUUAUUAUUGUGAAAAUUGUUUAAAUAAACAACGUGGUGUUCGUAUUGCAGCUCGUCCAGAAGAUUGGUGUUAUAAAAUUGUAUGGCCAUCAGGUCGAGGAAAUCAACAAAUAGUAUCACGUGGUGCAUCAUCUGAUUGUCGACAAGAUAGUUAUAAUGAUCAAGAUAUGGCCAUUCCAGGUGUCUUUUCAGGCGUUGCUCGAUAUUGUUGUCGAAAACAUCUUUAUAUCUUUCCUGUUGAACUUAUUCAUGAAUUAUUAAGCUAUUUUUCCGCUCGGGAAAUUUUUUAUACGUUUACUAAUAUUAGUUCUUAUAUCGAUAAUGUCCUAUUCACCUAUUCAAAUUAUCGUGUCGACUUCAAAUCAAUUACAAAACGAGAAUUCGAUAUUGUCUGUCAACAAAUUAUACCGAAUCAAGUUAUUUCAUUAAUAUUAUGUGACAAUGAAAAUACACCAGGUCAAAUGGAACUUUUUCUAUCACGCUUUCAAAUUGAUCAGUUUACUUGUCUUCGUUCAUUGACAUUAAUUGAUAUUGGACCAGAAUUUUGGGAACCUAUUGUUACAAAAUUAAAUAGUCUUAAAAAUUUACGUUCAUUUUUAUAUAUUUCAUCGACUAAAAUUGAUUCAUGGAUAACUAAUAUUUCAGAUGAUGAAGUCACUGAACUUGAUAAACGUUUGUCUGAUAUUUACGGUCCAAUACUUCCUCAAUUAAAUCGAUUGACAUUAUCUCAUGGAGAUUUUUUGGAAUCAAUUCAAUUUCCUUAUCUUCAUCACUUAACAAUUGAACGAUGUAAAGUUGAUAUUAUAAAAUAUAUUUGCUAUGCUGCACCACAACUAAAAUCACUUUCAACUGGUUUUCGAUAUAAUAAAUCAAAUACAGAAUUUAUUUUUCCAUUUGGUCAAUUGAAUCGAUUAACUCUAAGAAUUGGAGGUUCAUCUGUCUCGAUGAAAAAUAUGGAACAACUAUUAGGAAAUUUUCCUAGUCUUAAAUAUUUAGAAUUACAUGCAAAUGGUCAUGCUGAUCUAGUUGAUGGUAAACAAUGGCAAAAAUUAACAAAUCGUCUUAUCACAUUCAAUUUCAAUUUUUAUAUACCAAAUGAUUUAGAAUCACAAGAUCUUGAUUCAUUUCGUAGUCCAUAUUGGCUUGAUGAAAAACAUUGGUUUGUUGCUUGUAUAAAUAGAUCUUUAUUAUCUGUACCUUACUUUGCUGAAACGUGUACCAAUGAUGAAUUUCAACCAAUUACUGUUUCAACAUUGCCUGAUAACACAAUUUUAUAUAAUUGUAUUACUCAAUUAACUCUUUCAGAACCUGUUGUUGAUAUAAAUCAACGUUUUCCUCGAGUUCAUACAUUAGCUAUGGUUCAUUCCAUUCCUUUAUCAUCUAUUGAACGUAUUGUUGAUCUAAAUCGGAUACAACAAUUGGAUUUAUAUUCAAAAACAGAUUAUUCUGGAAUUAGAUUUAUCAUAAAUGAAAUGUCAAAUCUUUGUCGAAUUUCCAUUAAAAGUAGGAUAAAAUGUUUUCUUGAAGAAGUUCAAUAUAAGUCAUAUGAUAAGAUUCGAAAGCUUGAAAUUGGUAAUCGUUAUUCAACUGAUGAUGAUUAUGAAGAUAAUUAUAGUAUUGAACAGUUAUGUAUUGUCUUUCCUAAGAUCGAACAUCUGAAUAUAGGUCAUUGGGAUUCAAGAAUAUCAAUAUUUCAUUUCAUCAAUCGAUUUCCACAAUUGUCAACUGUAUCAUUUCGUUUUUCAAAUUGGAUUAUCAGCGAAGAACAAAGAGAUAAGAAUAUUAUCGAAGUUAAGUCAAUUCUGGAGCAAAAUCGAUUGUUCCACAAAUUUGAUUAUACAUAUCGAUUCGAUAGAUCAUCAGUAUAUAUCUGGUUAUAA